AUGCCAAGACUGAGGAAUACAGAGAGGGCCCGCACAAAUCUGAGAACCCACCCAGAGGCGAGGAGAGUUGAGGCUGUAGCUGUGGAUGAACAAAUCCAGACUCCUCAAGUACAAGAAGAGCUCCAAAUAGUGAAGCUGAAAGAAGAUUCCCACUGGGAGCAGGAAAUUUUCUUUCAAGGGAGUAUCCCUGAACCAGAGACCUGCCAGCACUUUUGGUACUUCCACUAUCAAGAAGCAUCAGGACCCCGGGAGGCACUCAUCCAACUCCAGAAGCUCUGUCAUCAGUGGCUGAGACAGGAGAAGUGUAUGAAAGAGCAGAUCCUGGAGUUGCUAGUCCUGGAACAGUUCCUGGCUGUCCUUCCCCAGGAGAUCCAGAUCUGGGUUAGACAGAAACAUCCAGAGAGUGGAGAGGAGGCAGUGGCUCUGGUGGAAGACUUGCAAAAAGAACCUGGAAGACUGGGGCUGCAGGUGAGAUAUGGAAACUUAGUUCUGAGUAGUUAA